AUGGCGGAGCUGAGCGGCGGCGGCGGCGGCGCACCGGGCGCCUCGUCCUCCUCGCAGCCGGGCCCCGGCGGCGGGGCGGGCGAUGGGGGCGUGGGCGGCCCGGAGGCGGGCCCGUGCGGGCUCCUGAUCCGCGUGACGGUGAAGACCCCGAAGGACAAGGAGGAGAUCCUCACCGGCGAGCGCGUCUCCGUCAGGGAGUUCAAAGAGGAGAUUUCCAGACGGUUCAAAGCUAAACAGGAUCAGCUGGUUCUGAUCUUUGCUGGGAAGAUUCUGAAAGAUGGGGAUACAUUGAAUCAGCAUGGGAUCAAAGAUGGAUUAACCGUGCACCUGGUGAUCAAAACCCCACAGAAGUCUCAAGAUACUUCAGCAGCGAUUGCUGCUUCUCCUGCCACCGCCUCCUCUGCUCCUGCUGCUGCUAGCGUUGCCUCCACUGCAACCCCCAGUUCUCCUGCCCCACCUCUGCCGUCCACAUCCAGCAACACAGUCCCAGAUGCAGGGAGCAGCGGCCGGAGGAGCAGCGCGCUGGGAACCACGCCAGGCUCAGCAGCAGAAGGCGCACCUAGUGGAGCUACCUCCAUCUUGUCUGGGUUUGGCGGCAUUGCAGGCCUUGGUCACCUGGGGAUGGGCUCAGCAAACUUCAUGGAGCUUCAGCAGCAGAUGCAGCGACAGCUGAUGUCCAACCCAGAGAUGCUGUCCCAGAUCAUGGAGAACCCACUGGUCCAGAACAUGAUGUCCAACCCGGACUUCAUGAGGCAGAUGAUCAUGGCCAACCCUCAGAUGCAGCAGCUGAUGGAGCGCAACCCGGAGAUUAGCCACAUGCUGAAUAACCCAGAGCUGAUGCGCCAGACAAUGGAGUUGGCACGCAACCCUGCUAUGAUGCAGGAGAUGAUGCGCAACCAGGAUCGAGCCCUGAGCAACUUGGAGAGUAUCCCAGGAGGAUACAAUGCCUUGCGCCGGAUGUACACAGAUAUCCAGGAGCCCAUGUUCAGUGCAGCGAGAGAGCAGUUUGGCAACAACCCCUUCUCUGCCCUGUCCGGGAAUUCCGACUCCUCCAGCGCCCAGCCUCUGCGGACAGAGAAUCGAGAGCCGCUGCCCAAUCCCUGGGGCCCCACCCCGGCUUCUCAGAGCCAGGCAUCGGGGGGCGAAGGGAGCCCCGGACUGGCCACAAGCCAGAGCGCGCCUGCCGUGUCCAACCCCCUGGGGAUCAGCGCGGCCAGCCUUGGGACUGGCAUGUUUAAUAGCCCUGAGAUGCAGCUUCUCCUGCAGCAGAUCUCUGAGAACCCCCAGCUUAUGCAGAAUGUGAUCUCUGCUCCUUACAUGCGCACGAUGCUGCAGACCCUUGCGCAGAAUCCCGACACUGCAACACAGAUGAUGGUGAAUGUUCCCCUCUUUGCUGGUAACCCUCCACUUCAGGAGCAGCUGCGGCUCCAGCUGCCUGCCUUCCUGCAACAGAUGCAAAAUCCCGACUCUCUCUCCAUCCUGACCAACCCUCGUGCCAUGCAGGCCUUGCUCCAGAUUCAGCAGGGGCUCCAGACGCUGCAGACAGAGGCCCCGGGCCUGGUACCCAGCCUGGGGUCUUUCGGCCUGCCUCGAGCCCCCCCGCCCUCUGCCGGAGGAAGCACAGCCCCCGAGACCCCCCUUUCCUCCACCUCAGCGCCUGCCAGUGCCUCUCCAGCAGGGGACAGCAACCCCCACCAGCACCUCAUGCAGCACAUGAUCCAGCUGUUGGCCGGCACCAACUCUCAAGCGCAGAACCCAGAAGUACGGUUCCAGCAGCAGCUCGAGCAACUCAACGCCAUGGGGUUUAUCAACCGCGAGGCCAACUUGCAGGCGCUCAUUGCCACAGGGGGAGAUGUCAAUGCCGCCAUUGAAAGACUGCUGGGCUCCCAGCCAUCCUAACGCUGCCGGCUCCUCCCGUCCGCAGCAAGAAGAUCGGCACACCAGGACCUUUCGAGGGGACUGCCAUUUUCAUACCCAUAUUGUCCAACAGCUGCUCACAGACUAAAAACCGGAACAAAGAGGCCUUGAGCUCCGUGGAGGCUGUUGUACGUUUCCAACCUAAAUGCUUUAAAAACUGCAUCGUGCGUGGAUUUUAGUUCUCAUUACCAGUCUGAGAGAUGUAGUCCCUGCUCCAACUUCUCUCCACCCUUUACCUUCAAAAUUAGGCUCCUCCUCUAGUUAGUAGAAGUGUAACUUCUAGAAUGACCCCAAUGAUUGUGUUGGAUUAGCUUGCUUUUUCAGUAUAGAGGCUGUAUGUCUUACUUGCCCUGUCCUUCCCGCCAAAAGCUACGCAGCAAGGCAGGGGCACCUGGCCUUCCAUUGCCCAGAGGUACUUCCCACAAGGAGAGAAAGAGGGGACAAGAUUUAAGUGCCAGUAAAUGUGAAGGGCUGCCUUGCUUUUUAUACACACCAGUAUAAUCUGCAUGUCACAAGUCCAAAUGAGUAGUUGGGCUUGUGUGGGAAAGAGCAUCUGCUGCCCCCUGGCCAAUAAACGUUCUUGGCUUGGCUGGGUUAAAACGUUGGGUUGCUUUCCCCUCGACGGCCCGGAGCGUUGGGGUUCGAUGUCGUGCGGCACUGCCCAGGGACCUGGCAGUGGCAAGGCAGGAGCAACAGGCGGACCUGGGGCAGCGGCGGCCCACCCCGGCGUCCCCGGCAUGGGCAGUCCCUGGGCUAGCACUGCUUGCAAGCAGGACCAGGCUCCCGCCCUGGUGCCCUUUUGCAGUGAGUGAUGCCAGGCUCUUCUUGCCGCCUGGCUCUAGUGGUCAUAGAAGGCUGAGCAGAUCUUGUGGAGAUGCAGAGUCAGAGGCCUACCCAGGUGGGGCGGGAUGCGGAAGCAAAGAUGGGGCUGGAGUCGCUCCUGCCAGCUGCUUCAAAGCUGAAUGGACCUCCUUCAAGCACUGGCAAAUCUGGUUGGUUUUUUCCCCCUAUCCUAUUUCACCUGCCCCAGUUCCUGUUCUUGAUGUGGUUUUUCUGGUCAAACAUACUUUGCUGCCACUGCCUUUGGGGAGGCUGCUGCUUGAAGAAUGGAGGAUGGGAACAUCCCUGUGGAUGCUCCCGAUGGUUUAUGUGCUCUCCCUUCCCCCACUCCCAGUUUAGUUCAGGGUGUUUAAAAAAGGGUAAUGUCCCAAGAACCUCCAACGGUGUGAUUUGGAACAGAAUUUACAAGCAGUUUUUAAUCCAGGAAUAAAAUGCACAAAGCACCCAACUUCCUUUUUUUUCCCAAGGAUUCAUUCAUUCCCGCAGCCUGCUUGCAGUUUGUGCAGCAGACGGCCAGGCUAGGGAUCGGUGCUAUUGACUGCAGCCAUGCUUGCAAUUUGGAGAUCUUUUGCUUUUCCAUCCUUUCAGUCUGGCGUAGGCUGAAGACCCGAAUUCUGAGCUGCAGUGACUUCUGGGAAUUGCUUUCUUUGCAUCGUUCUGCCAAUUGUGGGAGGUGGAGAAAGGAGCUGUGCAACCCUCGGGACUUGCUGGAAAGCUUGCUGCCCCGCUUGGCUGUUGCACUAGGCCGUUCUCCAUGUACUGGCUGAUUUAGUAGGAUCAGGAAAGGAGAAGCAGCCACGAGGGAUUCCAGCUCUUUCCCGAAGUGUGUCUGCCAGGCUGCCCUUCUUUCAAGUCCAGUGAGGGGGGCAGUGGGGGUGGCAGCUUCCAAGCCACGUUGCCAAACUAUACCUUGUUGCAGAGCUGCAUGUGGAUCGGAACGCGCCUGUCCCGGGUUCAGGUGGUGCAGCAGCCCUUCUGUUGCCUGGCAACAACAUGGCCUGCAACCGACAUGGGCAGGGCAGGGCAAAGAAGCCAGUGCAGCUUCUCUUGCUUGCCUGAAGGUACAAAGCUGAAGUAUAUUUUGUGGCCAUAAAAGUUAGAAAUCAUCUUUAAAAAGAGGAAAGCAGAGAAAGCAAAAGUUGAAGCAAGUUUGUUUUUACCGUGAGAUUGUGACAUGCCCAGAGACAGGCCUAUGGUGCUGGGAGGAAGAGGCGGUGAGCUCAUGGCCUCACUCCCAGUGUUGUGCAUUGGAGUGGCGUCCCUUUCACUCCGUAACUAACUGAAUGUGUGUGACUUGGGGUUGGGCUGUAAUUUUGUAGGCCAAGCUGCUGCUGAAGCAUUGCAGUACCAGGGGGGUUCUGGAGGGGCACAGGCACAUUCUUGCUGCCCAGGAGCUGUUCUGCAGGGUGAUUUUGCAUGGUGAAGGAGCCAGAUGUGGAAGCUGCUCAAGCUACAAACCUAAGAUGCAUACUGUUUGGGCCCACAGAGUUCCCUACUUCAGCCUUGCCACUUUUGACAGGAUCGCCACCAGUCAGUGCCCAUGUUAAGUGGCCGGUUCAAGAUCAAGCAUGCAGAGUGCAUCGGGGGCAGCAGCAGCCAUGUGACCCCUUUUCCACAGGGAGUUCCUUCUGCAUUGCGCUGGCUUCUCUGGAAUGGGUGGUCACCCAUGUACAACAGGAAAACGGAGACACGACUCUCCAGCUGGGUUUCCCGGAUGACUGUCCCCUUUUACAAGUAGCAGAGUUAUGCUGAGGUUCAGGCCUGUCUGGAGCGGAGGUUGGAGCUGUUUCUGAUCGGGCUAGUGGCCUUUCUAGCGGGACUUGUCCAAUUUCCAGAGAGCAGCCAGUGCUGUUCCCUGGUACUGCCUCCAGACACUGGUUGUGCCAGACUGGCCUGUUCAAUGUGUGCUUUAUUUAUUCCCUUUUUGUUUUAAAAUACUUGGCUGCCUUCCAAGGGCAGGAACCCUCCCAAAACUCAAAAUAAAACCGAUGUCUUAAAAGCAA